GCAACCCCAACAGCCCGGAAACCCAAGGCAAUCCAGCCAACCAACCAACCAACCACCCCAGCGACGAGACCGCCACCACCUCCCCCGACUCUUCCUCGGCCGGCGCGGGGCAGGCAGGGGAGCGACCGCGGGCGGCAGCCAUGAACGGAAUCAACCCGAACGGCGGGAUCCUGUCGUACGGGACGCUGGAGGGGUACGCGAUGUGGGUGGCGACGGGGGUGGCGUCGGCCUUCUUCGCGUCGCUGGAGCGGUGCGCCUGCAUCCACCUGCACACGGCCGAGGACGACGGCGACGAGGAGGACCUGGACCUGGAGGAGGCCAGGGAGCGCCCGCUCAUGCUCUCGCGCCCCCAGGCGCUCCCCGAGCACUACUACGACCGGUCCGGCUCCGCCGCCUCCUUCGCCAAGAUGUGACGACCGCGCCGGCGCCGCGCGAUCCGAUCCGACCCGUUUCUUGAUUCUGCCCUCUGCUGCUUUGUUCCGUUGCGAAAUUGCUUUGUUGUUGUGCUCGUACUGUGUGGGGUGUCGGAGAUCCUGCGUGAUUCCGAGCGCUGAUGGAUCUGCAAUUCCGUGCCGUUUGUAUGUUGUCUGAUUCUUUGGUUUGUUUUCAUUUUUUUUUCUUUUGGGGUUUCGAGACGGCAUUGUGUUGAUGCCUUGAUGGCUCUCGAGCACUCGGCGAAUUCCAGAUGCCUGACAUUUAUAUUCAGUGUUCGUUUAUAUUUAUAUCUGAAUUUGCGUGUCACAAACAUGCCAAUUGUGUUA